UGCUUAAAAAAUUCGCCUCCUUAGUCUGGUCUUUAGUAUGUGAAAUGAGCAUGGUACUAGCUGUUGUGUGAACAGAGAGACAGUGGGACAGCGACAGGAAAGCCUGACCGUAUCGUCUAAGGGGAUAUUCUAUUUACACUUGUCCAUGUUUAUUAUUUUCUGGUGAUAACUGACUACAGAUGAUCUUUCUGCUCCAUUCCUCUUUUACAAGACGGACGGAUGUAAUUGUCCAAUCCAAGGAAAGUAUUUUGAAAGGACAGAAGAUUGGGUCAAGGAAUGUUGACAUUUGAGAGAAUUCUUCUUCUAUAAAGACAUCAUAUGUUGUUUUCAUAAAUGUAUUUCUACUUACAACAACACGUUCCCUGCCAUCGCCCGAACUCUGCGCCGCCCCGAUCCAGAUGAACAAUUCUCCCAGUGGAUCUGACGCGCAUUUACGCAGUCCGUCCCCUGAGCGUACCGGUAACGACCGUUGUAAUUCACUCCCGAGAGGAACUAAAAUACAGCUGGUUUCCGUACCUUCUCCCUCAGAUCCAACACGCCAGGCUAGAAGGCUGCCUAUUCGGAUUCUAAAGAUGUUGAGCACUCACAGUAGCAUCUUGCUACACCCAGAGUAUCUCCAACCCCUGACGUCCGCGCCAGUAAGCAUUGAGCUGGAUGCUAAGAAGAGUCCUCUGGCCCUGCUGGCUCAGACCUGCUCACAGAUCGGCAAACCAGACCCCCCCUCCUCAUCCAAGCUGGGCUCCCUCUCCUCCAUCAGCCUCAGUGACAAGGAGCCAUCCGGACGCUCCUCCAGCUCUGGCCACAAGUCUGGAGACCAGCACCAGUCCCUGGAGGAUAAGUCCAGCUUCAAGCCUUACAACAAGGCCGGAGGGGAAUGCCGCAAGGAUGGGUUGGUGACCAAGGGUGCUACAGACAAAGCUGGCUUCAGGGUUCCCAGUGGUGUAUCCGGGAGCAGUGGCUCUUGCCCGUCCUUCCCCCCACACUCCACCUCUCCCAGCUCCACCUCCCCUCCCCUGCACUCCCAAGGCCAGUCCCACAGACAGACCCAGUCCCCCUCCACACAGCAGCAGACAUCACACUCUCAGGCCCUGCACAUAGACAACAAGCCUGUGAGCUCGGACCAGGCCAGCUCAGACAGCAGCACAGGGAAGAAAGAUUCUGAUCACAGUAAGGAGAAGCUGGACGGGGCCCAGCUAGCUAACUCCAGUCACAUGCGGGCUAUCGCCAACUCCAGCAAUGCCAGCUCCGCUAGCAGCCCGCGGCCGGAGAGCAAGGCUGACUCACAGUCCUCUCAGUCUGGGCUAGGCUCCGGACACAUCGCCCCUGUCUCCCCCUUCAAACCAAGCCAUUCAAUCUUCCCCAUGCCCCCCUCCUCCAUGGGUUACCAUGGCUCCAUAGUGGGCGCCUAUGCAGGCUACCCAUCUCAGUUCAUGGAUCAUACCAAGUCUAGUCUAGGGAUGGGGAUCCCAGGAAAGCACCCCAGCUCCAGCCCCCUCACUGGGGCCUCACCUCCUUCCCUCAUGCAGGGUCUAUGCAGGGACCCGUACUGUUUGACUUACCCCAACCACCCCCAUUUAGGGGGAAGCAACUGCAAUACAUGUGUCCAUGACCCCUCCUCUCUAAAAUCAGGUUACCAAAUCAUGUACCCAUCACACCACCUUCACUCCCUCCACCCCAGCUCUCUAUCCUCCACCACCCCCACCCUGUCCCACCCGCUCUAUACCUACGGCUACAUGCUGCAGAACGAGCCCCAGCCACACGCCUGUAACUGGGUGUCAGUAGGAGGACCGUGUGACAAACGUUUCUCCACGUCAGAGGAGCUGCUGGCCCACCUGCGUACUCACACGGCUCUCUCUGGUGGGCUGGACAGUAAGCCCCUAUCUGCCUACCCCUCCUCAGCCGCCUCCUGCCACCUCCACCUUCCCCAACCCGGCAGCCCCGGCACCCUGCCCAGCUCCUUCUCCCUGCGGGGUCCUGGCCUGAGCCUGGCUCGCUACCACCCCUACAGCAAGGCCCACCUGCCCGGAACCCCAGGCCUGCCCAUGCACUCACUGCAGGCGUCCUCGCCCUACUACUCCCCCUAUGCCAUCUACAGCCAGAGACUAGGCUCAGCCUCCACCCUGGGCUACCAGUGACGUCUGAGGACACAACAACAACAGAACAGGCACAAGCUGGACACCUCAAAUAUGCACAGUGGAUGGAUGGACCAGGCCCCGUCUGGACAGGAGGGGUCCUCGCCAGUCGCCAGAACAAGGGGGCUUUACCGUGCCUGCCUGGAAUACCACCUGUUAGCCACAGGAUUCUGAAUGGCAUUUCAAUGGCAAGACCCAGUGGUGAUGGCUGGCCAGCAGUAAAGGCCCAGAGACAUUGGUGUGCGGGCCAGACACCUGCCUGGGAACAGAAAGGAGCUUGAAUUUGAUUGGAUGAGAUUGUGGGAUUUCGGAUUGGUUUUGGAUUUUUCUUUUUCUUUUCUUUUUUGCUCCCUCCCAGGACUGAAAACAUGUAUUUAUUUUUCACUUGAGCGCUUGGCAUUCAAACUUGGGGGAAGUUUACUAUCCAAAUUAAUUGUUCAUAAGUAUUCUAAUUGGAAAAAAAAUAUUUUAAAUAUAUUGUUAUGCCUAUCAUACACUCUUUAAAUAAAGUUUUUCACAAUGGCAAA